AUGGUCCAGUUCCUGCCUCCUCAGGAGGUUUCUGCUCCUGGGAAUGGGGGUCUGAUGGAGCUGAUGAUGAUCCAGAACUCCCAGAUGCACCAGGUGGUGAUGAACAGCCUGGCUGUGGCAGCCCUGACCUCCUGUGGGUUGGGGGCAUCACCAGCCCUUGCCCAGGUGCUGGGGGUUCCUGAGGAGGCUGCAGAGGAAGAGGAGCCUGUGGUUUUCCACCAUCACUACAUCCCCCCUCCUGGACCUGCUCCCAUCCUGGCCUGGCCACUGGGGGAUCAGGGACCAGUGGCCCUGAGGUACCUGGAGCCCAACUCGGCAGCUGAGGAGGAGGAGCUACACCUGGUGCCACCCCCACCACCCCCCAGUGCCACAGGGACUGUGGGAGCCAGCGUCCCACCAGCAGCAGAGUACUAUGACAUGCUGGAGGGGAGGCCCUGA